CUUUCCCUCAGUAUACUGUUCUGUCUCCAUUUCCUCUUACUUUCUCUGUGUCUCGAUAAGCGCAGAUACUCGCAUCUUCUUCUCCCACAAUCUUCCAUGAACAAUUUCGAAAAAGUGACAGAGGAUGAUUCUGCUAAAUGGAUACUCGAGAGCAUCGAGAUUGAUCACGCGGUCGAUGUUCCAAUAUACCGUGAUAUUGACAACACCACUGGCCCAACCCUGAAUCAGAGAGAGGAAAAGGGAUUUUCGCUGAACCCCAAUGCAGCUUCAAACCCGGAUGCUAUGGUAGCUCCGAGGAAAAGGGUCGGAUUUCAGGACGAUGGGCCAAGGAUUGUGCGGACCGAGUCGAGUGCAAAGAAAGGGCUCAGGAGCUUGAGGUUCCUUGACAGGGCUAUCUCUGGGAAGGAAGUCGAUGCUUGGAAGUCCGUAGAGAAACGGUUCCAUCAGCUGGCAUUUGAUGGGAGGCUCCCUCGAGACAAAUUUGGGGCCUGCAUUGGGAUGGACUCUAAGGAGUUCGCAGGGGAGUUGUUUGAUGCCUUAGCUCGGCAGAGAGAGAUAUCCUCGGAAAACGGGAUCACUCUGGAGGAGGUAAAGAUGUUCUGGGGUGAUAUUACCAAUCGGGACAUGGAUUCCCGACUGCAGAUAUUCUUCGACAUGUGUGACAAGAACGGGGAUGGGAAGCUCUCCGAGGAAGAAGUAAAGGAGGUGAUAGAACUGAGUGCAUCAGCAAACAAGUUAUCCAACCUCAAGCAGCGGGCAGCUGCUUACGCAUCUCUGAUCAUGGAAGAGCUCGAUCCUGAUCAUCGAGGCCACAUCGAGAUGUGGCAAUUGGAAACUUUGUUGAGGGAAAUGGUGAGCUCUGAAGAAGGGCAGAAACUCACGAAAAGAAGCCACAUUCUCUCCAAAACCAUGAUUCCAAGAAAAUACCGAACGCCCAUAAACCGGUUCUUAGAGGAAAUGCAUGAAUUCAUUCAUGAAAAUUGGAAGAGAAUUUGGGUCCUGACUUCAUGGAUAAUUGUAAAUCUAGUUCUCUUCAUCUGGAAGUUCCGACAGUACGAGCAGAGGGCCGCGUUCAACAUCAUGGGCUAUUGCGUUUGCUUUGCGAAAGGAGCUGCCGAGACACUAAAAUUCAACAUGGCCCUGAUCCUUUUUCCCAUUUGCAGAAGAACUCUCACGAAGCUCCGAUCUACUAAAAUCAGCACGGUUAUCCCGUUUGACGACAAUAUAAAUUUCCACAAAAUAAUCGCAUGCGCAAUUGUGAUCGGUGUGGCGAUCCACACCCUCAUGCACCUAGCUUGCGAUCUCCCAAGGAUAAGUUCAUGUCCAAAACAGAAGUUCAUGACCUACUUGGGGCCUAACUUCAACUACAAGCAACCAAGUUAUACGGACUUAGUGCAGAGCUUUCCCGGGUUUACAGGAAUAGUAAUUACUAUUCUUAUGGCAUUUUCAUUUACACUCGCAACCCACUCGUUCAGGAGGAACGUAAUCAAAUUGCCAUGGCGAUUCCAUCACCUUGCCGGUUUUAAUGCAUUUUGGUACGCACACCAUUUGUUGGUCUUGGUGUACAUUCUCUUAGCCGUGCAUGGCUAUUUCCUCUUCCUCUCUACAGAUUGGUAUGCAAAGACUACGUGGAUGUAUCUUAUAGUGCCGGUGUUGUUCUAUGCUGGUGAGCGGGUUUCGGCGGCCUGGGAUGAGCGAAAUCACCGUGUUAACGUUAUUAAGGCGAUUAUAUAUCCUGGAAACGUCCUUGCACUUUACAUGUCUAAGCCUCCGGGAUUCAAGUACAAGAGCGGAAUGUACAUGUUCCUAAAGUGCCCCAAUAUAUCAGGUUUCGAGUGGCACCCUUUCUCGAUAACUUCUGCACCAGGAGACGACUACUUGAGUGUCCACAUACGAACUCUAGGGGACUGGACCACCGAGCUUAAAAACCGAUUUGCACAGGUGAGUUACAAUGUCAGCAUUUUAUCAAGUACAGGAUAUUCAGAAACUACUUUGGAGGACUACAAUGACCGAAAAUUUAUCACUGUCCACUAUUUAUAUCAGGUCUGUGAGCUGCAGGAGAAACAGCAGAGAAGAGGAACUCUAACAAGACUAGAAACUAAAGCAUUCACCAGCAAUUACGAUCCUUCACAAGCAAGAUUUCCGAGGAUUCUCAUAAAGGGACCGUAUGGAGCUCCUGCUCAGAACUACAAGAAGUACGACAAUCUCUUGCUUAUUGGGCUAGGAAUAGGAGCAACUCCCUUCAUCAGCAUCAUAAAGGAUCUUCUGAACCAGAUCAAACCCAACGAAACAAUCAAUAGUCCAUUAUCGAGAGCAAACAAGAAGGCAGCUGAGAGGGCCUACUUUUACUGGGUGACCAGGGAGCAGGGCUCGUUUGAGUGGUUUAAGGGCGUGAUGGAUGAUAUCGCCGACUAUGAUCUCAACCAUAUGAUAGAAAUGCACAACUAUUUGACUAGCGUGUACGAAGAGGGAGAUGCUCGGUCAGCACUUAUCGCAAUGGUUCAGAAGCUCCAGCAUGCAAAGAACGGCCUCGACGUUGUCUCUGAUAGCCGGAUAAGAACGCAUUUCGCUAGACCAAACUGGAGAAAAGUUUUUUCUCAGUUGGCAAGUGCCCACCCAUCUUCUCGAAUAGGUGUGUUCUACUGUGGAAGUCCGACACUAACAAAAUCAUUAAAGAAUCUAUGCCACGAAUUUAGCCAAAAUUCUUCGACCCGGUUUCAUUUUCACAAGGAAAACUUUUAGAGCACGAUGCUGUUUGAUCCCACCCUCCAUAUCACAGUACGGUACUAGACACUUAAACUCAAAGUAUCGAAUGUGUUACUAUAGCUUAUGGUCAUGUUAGAUGUACCGCUUAUAUUUUUCCUAAACAGCAAGAUAGAAAUUUCUUCUAUCUAUUGACCGAGAGACUAUUACUCAUUCGAGUGUCGGCUAUUUUGUUGUAAGUGGUGAUUUUCUUUCCAUGCUUCUACACUGUCCUGAAGGGCAGUGCUUAGGCUCAGCCGCUGGUAAUUCUGUGACUUUAGCGUUUUCCCCGGGCACUGGUUGCAGGCGGUUGUACCAAUUUUUUUUUAUUAUAUAAAUUUGUGGGCCCACAUGAAUUGAAAUCAUAUGUAGAAGCGGCAGAGGACAAGAAGAAGGUAUUGUACAAAACAUUAAUAGAGAAGUACGAAAAGUUAUAAGCCAAAUAAGCA